AUGGCGAGGAUAUGGAAACGAGCGAGCAAGCCGAAGUCUAGGACGGGGUGUGCUACGUGCAAGAUCCGACAUGUCAAAUGCGACGAGGAAAAGCCAGCAUGCGCGCAGUGUCGAAAAACGGGGAGAAAAUGCGAUGGAUAUGACAAACAACCACCAAAAAAACCAGACAAUCGCGUCGUAGCGCGACCGGCUCCCAAAAUCCCUUCGUCGAGUCAUGUCGUCCUGCUGCCAGGAACGCGGGAGGAGCAGAAAUACGUGCAUUUCUUCUGCACGCAAACCACGCGUGUCAUGUCAGGCGUGUUUCAAACUGAGCUGUGGGAUAAGAUAAUUCCGCAGAUUAGUCAAUCCAUUCCGGUCGUGAGGCACGCUGUAGUAGCAGUGAGUGCAGCGCAUGAGAGAUUUCUAUGUCGGGACUCCGACUCAGUAAUUGCGAACAAUGAUUUUGCACUGAGACAGUACAACAAAGCGAUCAAACAUCUGAUUGACUAUUUGUCUUCGCCGAAUCAGACGAUGAACCUAACACUUAUCACGUGUUACCUUUUCAUGUGUCUGGAGAUGUUGAAAGGGGAGAAUGCACAAGCGUUAAAUCACCUUGAGUCGGGAAUAAAAAUCCUGCAUGGCCGAGACACUGAGAGUCAGUCCUCGACAGUGAUGACCGACAUCGACCGGGAACUAUCGCAUCUGAGCUUGCGGUUGAACAUUCAACUGUCUCUUCACGGGCGACAGAUGAUGGUAUUCGAUUUGGACGGGCCAGGAUCAGACCAUCCAACUGCUGAGGAGGUUGUGUUGACGGACAUACCCGAAGCCAGACAUGCGUUGGACCGCCUCAUGAACAAAGGGUUAGUUUUCGUUCGCGAAGCAACGGACAAGAAGGCUGUGGCCAGAGACUCGUACUUCCCACGACAACAACAACUGAGUCAAGAGCUUCGAGCAUGGAAGCUUGCUUUCGAAAAGCUCACAGCAACUGAUAGGGGGCAGCAGAACCACGUUGACCCUCGAGCACCGCUCCUUUUAUGGGUCCAAUUUCGUGUAUCGCUAAUAUGGGUGGAGACAUGUCUAGCGAUGGACGAGGUGAUCUAUGAUGAAUAUAACGAGACAUUCGAAGCCGUUGUUAGCGGGGCAGAGGAACUCGUCGAAAUCAAUAAUGGUGUUGGCUCAGUGGAGGACCAUUUGAAUUCACAAUUCACGCUCGAAGCUGGACUCAUUCCGAUGUUAUACUGGUGUGCGGUGAAGUGUCGGGACCCGUUGAUCCGACGGAGAGCCUUGAACGUCAUAGCUAGCAGUCCGCAGCAAGAAGGAUUGUGGAGAAGAAGAAGAUUCAUAGAGGUGGCGCAGAUGGUGAUAGACGUAGAAGAGAAAGAUAUGCAGUCAUUACCAAUCGAGCAAAGAGUGCCAGCCGAUGAGCAACGGGUGUACGAGACGAUAGGGGAGGAUGUGAAGGAUACAAGCCCCUGCCAGAUUACUACCCUAAUGAAACCAAACGGUUGGGACAAGGACUGGGCGUGCGAAACCAAGUUGGUGUACUGGAUAUGA